UCAACACAUUUGACAUUUAAUACUGUCACUAACUCUAAACGUUAUUUAUUCAAAGAAAAUCCGAUCAGAAGAAUUACUAGUGCUAGAAAAUAAUUCAUUAGUUAUUAUACUUUACCAAACGAGUACAAUACCAAGUUCCCUUAAGCCAUUAAAACAUAAUUCGGUGGUUAUCCUGUACUUAAGUGAAAUGGCUUUCGUCACCGAACUUCCAUACAGAGUGGCUCUCUCUGACGGAGACGUCCACAAAGAGAAACAAACCUGGGAGACGAACUACACACCCAUUUACGUUAUGACCACUAUAUUCGCUAUCAUAUUUUUCAUUGGGCCAUUUGCAAUCAAGAAAGGAGAAAACAAGUGGAUUAUAAAAACUUGCAUGAUGCUGGCUUCUUUUUUCUUGUGGCUGUUUUGGGUAACGGUGUACAUAGCAGGAAUGAACCCGCUGGUUGGACCUCAGCUACGGAACACCACUCUAGCUUGGAUGGCUCACACUUGGGUAUAGGUGAAUCCGCCCUUGUCACUAAAACUAGCGGCGAUACUAGCAGUAGUGGUGAUACUGGCUCAGACGGCUAGUAAUAUUGGUAUUAGAGAAGAUCAAGAAAAAUAAGAAGGAUUUGUACUUUUUAUUAUGAUUAUUAUGUGAUUCAAUAAAUACUAUUUUAUGUUA